ACCUAACUAUUUCUUUGCUUUAAGGAAUUGGAUUUCUUGCAACCUGUGUUUAUGUGUGCUUUCUCCCAUUUUUUUAAUCAGCAUUCUUGUGCUGCUUGCAACACAAGAUCUUAGCGAUUUUUCAAGUCAAGGACAGAAUGUUAUGCAGUAUCUUUGCUUGCUAUUGAUAUCAGGUGGAAGCACCUUGGCAACUAAACCUAUCAGAUCUGUUGAGGAUCCUGUUAAAAAUAGCACUUGAGAGUAGCCUUCGGUUUUACUUAGAGAAGAAGAAGAAUUCUAACUAAUAAAACUAUCCUACACCUUAAUGGCAUGCUUCCUCAUGGGAAAAUGCAUAUCUCUCUUCUUCUCCCUUUUCUUUUAUUGUUUUAUCACUAUGGAUAAAACAUGGAUAAACUCGAAAGAAACCUCAAGUCCAGAUUACAUAGAAGGAAUUUUGAAUUUUGUAAAUUUUACAUUUGAGAAAUCUGCAAAAGCUGGGAAAAUAUUGUGCCCUUGUAGGAGAUGUGCAAACUUAAUUUGGUGUAGUAAAGAAGAGGUUGUUGAUCAUUUAGUAGAAAAGGGUUUUCUUAGAAAUUAUAACUGGAUUUCUCAUGAGAAGGAUUCUGCAGUGGUGAAUUCUAGUGAAAAUCGAAAUGAAGAGGAAAUAGCUUUUAAUCAUGAUAUGAGAGGGUUGCUACAAGAUGCUUUUGCAGGGGUUAAUAUGGAAGAUAGCAUCCCCAAUGAGGUUGUAGAUAGUUUCAAUUCUGGAAGGGAGGGUUCAAACCAAGAACCUUCCAUGUGUAGAAAUGAUAUGGAUGGCUUUUUUAAUUUGUUGAAGGAUGCUGGGCAGAAACUAUACCCCAAUUGUGAAGAGAAUAAGUUAGUUGCUGUUGUGCAUAUAAUUCACCUAAAAUGCUUAAAUGGGUGGAGUAAUAAGUCUUUCACUCAAUUAUUAGAGUACUUGAGCUUCUUGCUACCAGAAGGGAAUGUGUUACCUAAGUCUUAUAGUGAAACCAAGAAAAUCAUUAGAAGUUUAGGCUUAAGUUAUGAGAAAAUACAUGCUUGCCCUAAUGAUUGCAUGUUGUUUUGGAAAGAUAAAGCUAAUGAUGAUUUCUGUUAUGAGUGUGGUGCUUCGAGGUGGAUUGUUAACACAAAUAUUGAAGAAGAUUCCAUAGAUUGCACAAUGAAAAAGAAAAAGCCAAAAGCUGCUAAGAUCUUACGAUGGUUCCCUUUAAUCCCAAGAUUACAGUGGCUAUACAUGUCUUCAAAAACUGCUUCACUUAUGAGAUGGCAUGAUGAAGAAUGGACUAAGGAUGGACUUAUUCGCCAUCCUGCAGAUAGUCUAGCUUGGAAACAUUUUUAUGAAAAAUAUCUAGAUUUUGCUGUUGAUCCUCAAAAUCUGAGAUUGGGUCUGGCUUCUGAUGGAUUUAACCCAUUGAAGUCAAUGAAUGCCACAUAUAGCACCUGGCCUGUUAUACUAAUUCCAUACAACCUGCCUCCUUGGCUAUGUAUGAAGCAACCUAAUUUGAUACUGUCACUGUUGAUUCCUGGUCCAAAAAGUCCUGGAAACAAAAUUGAUGUCUACAUGCAGCCACUCAUUGAAGAGUUACAACAACUAUGGGACGCUGGAAUUGAAACUUUUGAUGCUUUUAAAGGGGAGAGAUUCCAUUUGAGAGCUGCAUUAUUGUGGACCAUCAAUGACUCUCCAGCUCGUGCAAUGCUGUCUGGGUGGAGUACUAGGGGGGAAAAGGCUUGUCCAUGCUGUGGUUAUAACACAAAAUUUAUGUGGUUAUAUCACAGUAGGAAAUAUUGUUAUAUGGGCCAUUGGAGAUGGUUAGAUCGAAGGCACAGGUAUCGACAUGAUAAAAAAUCUUUUGAUGGAAAUAAGGAGCUUCGAAUGCCACCAGGUCGAAUAUUCGGAUCAGAAAUUUUGAGUCAUGCAGAUGAUCACAAUCUACUUCCCCACAACAUUGAUAUGAUGCACACUGAGAAAAAUGUCUUCGAUAACACUUAUGGAACAAUAACUGACCAAGAUGGAAAAACAAAAGACAAUUACAAAGCACGUUGUGACCUCCAUGAUAUGGGGUUGAGGGUUGAUCUACAUCCAAAACCAGGAUCAAGCAAUAACUCUAAGUUGCUGCCCAAAGCUUGUUAUCAAAUGACUGCAAAGGAGAAGGAUGCAUUUUUUAAGGUCUUAAAGGACAUUAAAUUUCCAGAUGAAUACUCAUGUAAUAUCUCCCGUUGUGUUCAAGUUAAACAAUGGAAGAUAAUAGGACUUAAAAGUUACGAUUGCCAUAUUCUUAUGGAAGAACUUUUACCAGUGGCAAUUUGAGGGUCUUUGCCUAAAAGAGUUGCUUCAAUUAUUAUUGAGUUGUGUCACCUUUUCAAAUGCUUGUGUGCAAAGGUUCUCAAAGAAUAUGAUCUUGAUGAGUUAAAGUCUCAAUCUGCAAUAAUUGUGUGAAAUGGAA